AUGCCGGCGGCCGGUGUCCCAGCGACGUUCCGGUCGAGUACCGCGCCUCUGUACAGGCGGUACGCGAGUGGUCUGGGCACGAGUGCGACGGUCGUGCCGUCGCUCGAGGAGCUGCAUCAUCUCGUCCAUCACCUGCAGACGCUCCGCCAGGAUUGGGCGUCGCGCGCUCAGACGCUCGCCGACGAGCGGCGCGCCAUGGGCAGCUCGAGCGUGCACGUCAAGCAAGAAGACGACACACGUGCCGAAGAGAGUGACUCGGAUGCCGACUGGGCGCCCAAUGACCGCGUGCAGCGCACCUACAGCCGGGCGCAUCGCAAGCGCGAAGAGGCGUCGGGGUCGGAGAGUGACGUGCCCCUGCAUGCCGUGCAGCCGAAGCCCAAGACGCUAGGUGUGAAGCUGCGUGUGAUGGACGAUGCGCACAAGGCGCGGCCGGAAGCGGUGCCGGAGAAGGCGCCUCUCGUCCCCAGCGCCGGCGUCAUUGAUUUGCGGGGCGACACGUUUCACGACGCCACGACCUUCAGCUGGGACGCGCCAUCAGAUCCCCAAAGCAGCUUUCUGCCCAAGCGCGAGCCUACGCGCGAGAUUCGGCCGUACCCCACGCAUCCGUACGAUGUGCACGAGGACUUUGCGAAUACCGACUGGCACGACCGAGAGGCGAUGUACACGGUCCCAGGCCACGUACCGCCGAGCAGCGCCGCUCGCCCGCGGCCGGCGAAGGAGGCGGCGCAGGUACCCGCUACGACCUUCUUCCACUACGUCGAUGCGUACUUUAAGCCCGUGACGGAGGACGACUUGGCCUGGCUCUCCAGCCAGGCCGAUGAUCCGUCGCCGUACGUCUUCCCCGAGCUCGGCGUCCACUACCGCAAGAUAUGGGAGAAGGAAGACGCCGAGCUGCAGAGCGUCUUGCAGGCCAUGGAGGGCCACGCGCCGACGCAGCCGCCAUGGCGACCUGCACCGCCAUCCGCGCCGGAAGACAGCCCGUUCGUGCCGUCGAACACGACGCUGGAUGCGCUCUCGGACGCCCAGAUGUACGACCCCAGCACGCGUGGUGGACCGCUCAUGGAGCGACUCGCCGCCUCGCUGAUGACCGGCGACGCGCCAGAGCCCAACGCCGAGGCGCCCACGGACGCGCCCGACGCCCUCGACCCCCACGUCUCGCUGGUCGAUAUGGAGACCCACGUGCGGCACGCGUGUGAAUCCAUCGGGCUCCUCGAGACGGGCGCGCCGAUCCACUGGGACGAGCACGGCGAUAGUCUGAUUGCAUCCACCCUGCGACUCGCGCAAGCACGGCUCCGGCAGCAAAGUCGCGCGAACGAGCUGCGCAAGGCGCGGCUCUUCCACAUCGCCCAGGACCGCAUGGCGUACCAGGACUACCAGGCCUGUCUGCAGGCCGUGGAUCGCGAAAUUGAGGCCAACUGGGCCAAGCGGCAACGGCAGAUCAAGGCCAGUGUCGGCAAGAAGCGCAAGACGGACGCAGAGGCAGGGCCCAACAAGCCGCAGCUGUCCGAGUCGCUGCCAGACGCUCUGCAGCGCCGCAAGAAGCUCAAGGCCGCGUUGGAGCCGCUGUUCGCCCACAUCCCACAUGCGUGUGCGCCGCCCACCGAAAGUAUAUACCAAGGCAUAGACACGUAA